UGGACUUGUGCUUUGUGGCAAUUCCUUUGUGUUUUCAGACAUGGUGGUGUUGAGGUUGGCAGUAUUAAUCCAGGGACUGCUUCUUGCAGCACGCUGUGAGGUCAGAGCCAGGGACCCGGAGGUGGAGGAUGAAGAAGACCUGAAGGACAUGUCGCACGGUGGAGGAUGGGCACAUGGAGUUCCCUUGGUAGGGUUUGGAGCACAGCAGAGACCUGAAGUCUAUGGAGCUCCUCAAUAUCCCCUCAGUAAUGGACACCAAGUUACGAGCCAUGGAUAUCCCUCUUCAGAUGUGCCAGAGGGAGCAGUGGAUCCAUCGGCUGAAACUGGGACCAAGGGCUCUUUACCACGCACUGGGAAUUGGUGUGCAUUUGUUCACAAGCGUGCUGUUACUGUGGCAGUAUCCUUUGGAAUGGAAACGUACACUAUGAAGUCCCAGAGUCCCUGUCCUAAUGGCUCUCCAGACUGCCAGCUGCUCAUGUACAAGCUAUCCACUCGCCCAGUGUACCGAGAAAGGCAGAAAAUCUUUACUGCACUUCUAUGGCGAUGCUGCCCUGGGCACAGUGGGAAGAACUGUGAGGAGACAGUCCCAGAUGGCCAUGUCUCUGACUCUGAAGACUCUACCAUGACAGGGAGACCUCAUACAGGAGAGCAUAAAGCCACAAUCAGAGGAUAUAACAAGCUGACUCGGCAGCUAGAGAAUCUGAACAGAGAGCAGAAUGACUUCCAAAUGUUUGGCAGUCCACUGUAUGAAGCUCAUCAACCCGAUGUAGAGAAUAAAACUGCAAUGGAGCCCAGCAAUGACUAUGAGCAGCACAGCCCUAAUGCUGGCCAUGACCACCAUCACAGUCAAGACUUUGACAGAUAUCCUCUAAAAGAUCCCUAUGCUGUUAAUGAAAGCAUCCUUCUUGCUGAGACAUCUUACCUUAACCAUGGGCUCCUGCCAAUCUUGAAAGAGGUUGUGAUGUCUCAGCUGCAACCUGUGCUGGAGAAUUUCAAUCUAACCCUGGAACGCCUCUUUCAGGACGUGCAGGGCUUGCAGCGAGACAUGGCUCAACUCCAACAUAAUCAAAGGCAGGGGAGAGUCAGUGAACCUCUGGAGGUUGACAGAGAGGAGCACAGUCAUCAGGAGGCUGUUGAGGAAGAGUUGAGGGAUAGCUUACAGAAGUUGGAGGAGGUGAAAGCUCAGUUUCACAACCACCACAAUGAGAUAGAAGGGAGGCUCCAUGCACAGAAAAACAUGCUGCUUUACAACCUGACGAACUUCAAGAUUGAAAUGGACCUCAAAAUCAAACGUAACCAAAAGAUGCUACAGGUAAAUCUCCACUAUCUGAACUCAUCAAUAUCUGAAGUGAAGCAGGAGCAAGAGAGGCUGGAUGAGGAACUCCAGAGGAUCUGGCCUGAAAAGAGAACUAGUCCAACACAAAGUCAGCCUCACGAGAGCACAGCUGUCUGGGAGACCAUCACCCAUCUGGACAACAAAGUCAUCAACAACACAGUGAGACUCAGUGCUUUGACUGAAGGCCAAGAACAAGUGACUGACAACAUCAAGGACCUCCAGAGUAGAUGGAGCGAUCUGGAAGUGAAAAUAGUCCAGACUGGCCACAAAAGCCAGGUUCAGUUUAUGGAGACCGGUUUGGAAGUGGAGGCAGCCAAAGUAGUAGUGCUGGACCGUAUUAAUGAGAUGAGCAGUAACGUCAGUGAACUCAAGCAGAAUCUGCAGGAAAUGGAGACAGAUGUUGACUAUCUUUUUACACAGUAUUACGAGAAUAUAAGUUCAGCAGGUGGGAAUUGUGACUGUGUGGCUCUCAUAACAUCUGUGGCAUUGUUAGAACAAGCUGUAGCUAACUUGAUAGUGAAUGAAAACAGGUUAUCUCAAGAGGGUGAGGCAGAGGAGAUGUUAGGCAAUCGGGACGAUGGUGCUUGGAUUUCAUCCAUGGAAGAUCUGAAACAAGGGCUACUCAAUGUCAAGACGUCCCUGGCCUUUGAACAGGAAAAGAGCAGAAUGAUGCAGCACAAUUUGACCCAGCUCCAGGCCUCUCUCCUGGGCAGGCAGCAGGACAUUGAAACCCUCCAGGAAAAGGACAGGGCCAAGGUCGAAAAGAUCCAGCACCUAGGUAGCAUUUUCAACACUUUGCUGCAGGAUGCCAUUCGUCACUCAGAGUUACUGGAGAUUUUGCUUGAAGAAGAGGUUCUGGAAUUCAUGGAGUGGUCUCAGGAGGACCAGAGACAUUACUCUAUACCAGCAUUGAGGGAAAGCAUCAGGAAUGUGCAAGAGAAGGUCAAUGGACACAGCCUCAGCUUGAUCUCAAUGUUGAACUCAGGUACCCCUCAGGUGACCGCAGCCGAUGAGCCCUCAGUGCUUGCAGACUGGGACUCGGUGGGCAUCAAAAGGAGACGUGGGGAUCAGAGAUUUGACCUGUCUGAGGAACAUCCGGAAUACUCAGACAAUGACUUCUGGACUUUAGAUAAAAAAGUAGAAGAGCUUGGAACUUACAUCCGACGGCUUGAGGACCAUCUUUGUCGUUCUUGCAGCAACUCCACUAAAACUACUACAGCUGGUGGUAUAGCGGUCAAACUGGAGACUGAGGUUGCUACUUUGCGGAAAAACCUCGAGGCCCAUCUAGUUGUUUUUAACAAUAUUUUCAAUAACAGUUCUGUAGACUUGGAUACAUUCUCAGCUUUAAUGAAGAAAAAGGAAGCAAAGCAACAAAAAAAGAGACCGAACAAAAGAGGAAUCCCACCAGUGGAACAUGAUCGUUUCCGCAGGAAGAGGGAUGCAUCACUUGAGUCAGCAGGGCCAGUGCUUCAGGGAUGACUGUGCGAUUGGAGGAAAAUUAUCUUUGGAUUUAUUUGAAAGACCUUAAUUUCACUGCAACUGCAGAAAAAUUGUUCUGUUAAUGGGAGUCACAGAAAGUACAAACUGCAUCUUGAAACUGAUGCUCUUCAAAACAGAUUCAAAGCAGUUGUAGCGACCAUCUAAAGGAUAUCUUUGCCUGUGACUGACUGUGGGUGAUGAAUGAUGUGUCACAGAAGCCCAUUAGAGCCUCAAUAAUCACAUGUGUGCUUACUAACUCUGCCGCCAGUUACGAGUCUGAGGUCUGGCAGAGCAUCCCCCCAUAAUGAACCUCUCUAACGCACACACAUACACACUGUCGUUCUCUUAAAGAAAUACACUGCAAAAUGCAAUGAGCUUCUGCUUAAUAGAAAUAGAAUGACAGAAAAAAAGUGAGAAAGGAAAUAUUUUCUUUUACAGCAAUAUAUUGUGUUUUAUUGAAAAGCAUUAAGCACAGUGGUAUGCCAUAUGAAAUUUUGGUAUUUUCAUGCAAGCAUGCGCUAAGUCUAGGUGCAAGUAGGUUUGGCGAAAUUGUACGCGCAAUGUGCAAAUGGGCUGAAUUAAGUGCAAUUUAAUUCUGAGGUAUUCUCCAGGUAUUAUUCCGCCAUCUGCAUCUUUUUAUAUAGUCAAAUCCCUCAAGUAACAGCAAUAUAAACCAAGACAGCACAUUCAUAAGAAAUUGGUAAAUGGACUGUAUGCAAUGAAUUCGAAUUUAAAAUUACAUUACUUGAUGAUUGUCAGGCAUAUUUGCAUGACAGUGACCCCGCUCCUUUUAUACAGAAGGAAAAUGUGUCACAAUUUGGAUGUAGGCUCCAUUAAAUUACAGAGAAUGUAAGUAUUAUUAAUCAGUUUCAUCUUCUGACACACAAAACAAGUAUUAACAGUGAUUGUAUGGGCAUGCACAUCACUUCUACUGGUCCAUUUUGAAAAAUCAAAUACUUUAUUGAAACAUGAAAAAAUGUAACCAAAUAUAUCUCUAAAAUGAAAUUACACAUCAAAUGAAACAAAAAUAUAAUCAAAAUAACUAAUUGGAAUAAAGAGGUAAAAAAAAUCAUACCAAUUCAAAACAUUUUACUCUCUCCAACUUCUUCCAUCUGCCCAUUUUGUAGUGACUUCAAAAUCACUCUACGACAACGGUUGGAAAAAUACCUUUAGGCCUACAAAUUAGAUCAUAAAUACAAUUGUAUAUUUAAACAUAAUAAUUGAAAAAUAAAAUAUAUGACCUAUAGAUAACAUAAAUCUCAUAAAUCUUUGUUUUAUAUAAGAUGGCUACAACUCUCAAAGUCAGGGACUUUAAUAUUCCACUAUAUUUUCAGAGUUUGGAAAUUAACUUUAUUACAACCUACUGGUGGAAACUCCAAACUUCAAAUGCAGGAACUGAGUUGAAACUUUGGGCUGAAUUAAGUGGUACAACAACCUAUUUCUCAGUAAAAAUAGAAAAUUGCACUUUGCGCCACUUUAGUUACAUACGAUACACCCACAAGCACAAAUUCCUACCCACACCCACUUGCACUUUGCGCAGCAAGUUGCAAUUAGAAUUAGCACUCUCAUGUGUUAAACAGAAGAAAGUCAUUCAGGUUUUCAUAUGAUAUUAUUCUUAGCAAAUUAUGACAGAAUGUUAAUUUUUGGGUGAAUUAACCCUUUAAGCACUUGUAAUGCUCAAUCACCAUACAUGUCACUUUAAAUAGCAGUCGGUAAUAACAUUCCUCCCUUGGAAUCAAUGAUGACCAACAUCUGGCAAAACAGAAUAAAGUUAUAAUAUUGAAAAAAAAAAAAAAUGAUUGUGCCAUUUUUUGUGUAACUUUUCAUGCUUUUACAUUCAUUCAAGCACCUCAGAGAAAGUGUGGAAAAGGACACGCACUUUCUUCUCCCCUAGGAGGAGUGCUUACCCCAUUCACUAUUAAAUCAGGUAGACAAAAGCAAAAAACAAGCACUUUGCAGUGUGGAGGCUUUCAGUUGCCAAUGUCACCUCUUUGGUUCUUUAAGAUUUAAUUUCAGCGGUGCAGACACCUGCCUGAAAUUACAUCUCAUGGCUGCAUCUGAUGAGCAAGGUAAAAAAGAUGUACUAUAGAGCUAUUUAACUAGCUGUUACACAACGGUAACACUGGGAAAAACAACAGUGCAUUGAGAAGUCAAACACCCUCUC